AAUUCACAUCAACAUGGCAGAUAUUUCUGAGGAUAACUUCCGACCAGAAUUCAAACUUUAUAAGCGCAAAUCCCCUCCUCCUUGUCUAGAAGAUGUACUUGAUACCGAUAGUGAUGGACAUAGGAAGAUGCUGUACAAACUUGAGCUUUCAGAGCUAGCUCAGGAACAAAACUACCAGAAGAAUAUAUCAGAUGCAGCAAGAUUUGGCCUUAAAAAUCCCAAUGAAUGGCAGUGCUAUGGAGCCCAUGGUUUUCCAGGAUUUCAGUUCAUCAGGAAUCCCUUCCUACCAGGUGCUCAGAGAUACUGGGUGAGACGCUGCCUAGCUGACUACCCAUGUAAACCCAAUGUCACCAACUUAGAUACACAGUAUCAGAAGGAUCAGCUCACCAAUCCUUGGCAGUUUCAACCAUGCAGCUCCCCAAAUCAGCAGACCCAGGAGAAGCGUCUCAUGGACCAGCUGCGAUGGGUAACCCUUGGCUACCACUAUGACUGGAACAACAAAGUCUACAACGAGGACCAGCACUCCCCGUUCCCCGAGGACCUGGGCCCGAUGUCGGCCCUGAUCGCUGAGGUACUGGGAUACCCUAGGUUCCAGUCUCAGGCAGCCAUCGUGAACUUCUAUCACAUGGACUCUACCCUAGGGGGUCACACGGAUCAUUCCGAAUUUGACCUCACUGCUCCUCUCAUUUCAUACAGUCUAGGACAGUCAGCCAUCUUACUUGUUGGAGGCAAGACCAAAGCUACCAAGCCACUAGCUCUGCACUUACGGAGCGGCGAUGUGAUUAUACUGGGAGGUGAAUCCAGGCUGGCCUAUCAUGCUGUCCCUAAGAUCAUGUAUGCACAGGAGGAAGGUCGGCUUCCGCAGUGCUUGGGCGCGACUGAAGAUCAGCAGCAAUGGCAAGAGAGUCAAGAAGAAGUUGUGGUGGGAAGCAGGGUGGAAGUUGGAGAUCACCCAGCAGUGGCUUUAAGAGGAGCACAGAAGGGCAUGAAGGAUGAACAUGAGGAAUCUGGGGAUACAACAUAUCAUGCUUAUGGUGGACAUUCUGGUAAACUCUCAGGUUCUGGUUACUCAAGUGCAGCUGCAUCUGUGGAUCAAAGACCAAAUGUCCACUCUAAACAGUGUCCUGACCAUUCUAGUCCUAACCAGCUAUGUGAAUCCCAAGGCAGGUACAUCAACAGUACAACCCUUGAAGACACUGUAUCUAGAACAACCCUGUCCAAUUCUGCAGACUCCCAGCAUGUUGACCUUGGCGGAGUGGCCAAGAACAUUUCAAGUGCAAUUAGAGACUUAUCCCAAAAGGAUCAGUGGAGAGAAUUUGAGGAAUACCUCAAACAUGCCAGGAUCAAUAUCAGUGUGAGGCAAGUGACUGGACCAGGCAAAGGAUUUCCUCAAAAGGAAAGUUGUCAUGAAGAGAGUGAUAGGGAUAUGGUCCAAAGCAGUAACACAAAGAGAAUUAAGAUAAGCGACAGCUAACCCAGGACCUUGUGAUAUAAUUUUCACUUCUCAAAACGUAUAGUGGAUCGAUAAUGAUUGAUUUAUUCUGAUUUAUUGUGAUUAAUAGGUGACCUGACAUUUGCUGUAAUGACAGGUUAGAUAGGGUUAGAGCUAGGAUACAAUCGGCGUUGGGUAAAGGUUAGGGUUAGGGUUAGGUUAUGUGUUAUGUCCAAGGUUGAAAUUGGGGAUUUGCUAAGUGUAGGAAAUUGGCCUCAGAGAGAUUGUCACUGGAGCAUGUUUCAGUAAAAUCAAGUUAUGAACAAAUUACAAAAUAUCUGAUGAUGUAUGUAUCUACAUGUUUUAAUAAACAUGUAUGAAAAAAGCUGCUAAAAAUGGACUAUACUCAGAUAGGACAGUGUGGUUUUAGAAGUAGAAACAACCCUGUUGACCUAGGUCAUGAGUUUGAUGAAAAUGAUAGUAUUUUUCUUUUGCAAUCUAAAACCACUAUGAUUAUAUACUCUUAUUAUAGAUAUAGAGUCAUCCAAUACUGUUAACCUGUUGAAGACAGUUUCAUUUUCCUACCAUGUAAUUGUGAUAGAUUUUAUUCUGAUCAUAAAAUUGAUUAAAUAUUGACCCAGUCUCCAACAGACUGAAAGCACCCAUAAAGUAAGAUGUAUUGAUUAUGUUGGACUUCAUUUAUUUAUUGCUAGACUUUUUAGAACACUACAAGAAUUUGGUUGACUCAGGAAGUAUAUUUCUAUCAAACAACUGAAAUGUAUGACAAAGUUCAUUCAGGAGUGUACCUUAUUGUCAUUUCGGUUUUGAGAGAAUCGUUCAUAUUUAUAAUGUAAUGCUAAAUUUAUGGGUUUUUUCUUUGAAAAGAUAUGCUAAAUGAUUGAACCAAUCUUGGUGUGAAAUGUUUAAUCCCUUUGACUUUAUUUACGCUGAUGCUGUAUAAAUCUUUUACAAAUUAGAAAUAUGAUUGUUUUACAAAUAAAAUCAUAUAAAAUAAUCAUUGACUGAUCUUAUAUGAACAAUUCGAAUCAAGAGAAUGGCAACACAUAUAUAAAUUAUAUAUUUUGAUCAUUUAAAAGACUUUAAAAUUUUGCUGUGAUUUCUGCAAAGAAAUUACAGAUGCUGCAUGUUUCAUUUGCUUCAACAUUCUCAUGAUAACACAGCUGUGAGUGGUUUCCCAAAUUAUGGAUUAUUUUGUUACCUUUAAAGCCCUCACAUUUGUUAUUCAUCUGCAAAGAAAUUACAGGAAUUGUUUUUUAUAUGAACAAACUGUAAUAGAGUCACAAUAAAACAGUUCCCAAGUAAACGUUAUAGUAUUUGGUCUCUGCUGGUAAAUAUUAUUUAUCACAGUAUAUCCUUUAUGAAUUUGGUAAAUAUUCAUUUGGAUAUUUGAGAUUCCAAUGUAAAUAGAUCUUUAGAUAUGAUAACCAAGCUUAAUGGCCAUGUUUUGUUGAAAUAAUACAUGCUGCAAUAAUUUUGCUACUCACUUUAUAAGCUUCCAAGAUAUGACAUGGAUUAAAAACAAAACAAAUAUAAAAAGUGCUGAUGGUUGCAUAUUUGCUAGAUUGUAGAUUCAAGUAUGAUAUAAGCCAUAAAUUUGGAGCUGUCGUGAUAAGGGUAUUAAAUACAGAAGUGUGAUUUAGCAAUCUUAUGACAAUGACUCCUCAUAAAAAGAAUUCAAUGAGUUCUUUUUAUGUAUUUGUCAUUGUCAUAAAUAUGAAUAAAUAUGAUUGAAACAUGUGUUUAGUAAUUGUUAUAAAUAGGAUUGCAUAACCGUGUACUAGAAUGAAAAGACUUCUAUGUCUUUCUGUUCUUUGUGGUCUUUCUGUACAUUUGUAAUUCUUCAGAAAUUAAAACAAAUAUAUAUAUACAUGUAUUUCUAAAAGAAGGUAUUGUGUUUAGAAUUAAGUAUUUUUCACAUAUUUUUAUUGCCAUGAUGAAAGGUGUUUCAUUAAAACUUUUACACAAAUGUA